UUAGUACGAGUACGACGAGUGAGCUCGCGUCGUCGGGUUGCGCGCUCGAAUUUUAGCGAUUUCGUUUGGCGCUGAAUUGUACGCGAUAACGCGGAAUGUCGAAGUGAGGGUGCCGUCCUGACGGCCGACUCGCGUGCGCGAAUUUUGAAAGCGAGGACGACGGAGACGUUCCGUUAACUUUUUCGUCAACCGCUACGAUCGCGCGCGCAGUCGAAGUACUUCGUUUCCACGAAGAAGAGGAAUAUACGUCGUUGAUUUUGGAUAAAUCCGUACCGGGUAUCAGCUGGCGUGAUACGUGGCCGCGUCGUCGGCACGGUUUCCUCGUUCGGGAUCGUCGACUUUUCCAACGGUGGAAGCGAGCGAGAAAGAGGAGGAGAGUUGGAGGGAUGUGAAUUCGGGUGACGCUCCCAACGACGCGUAUUCAACAAGGCCACGUGGACGACGUCGGUAGCCAGGAAAAAUAUGUGCCAGUAUGUCCGAGGACGAUACGCAGGAAGCAGUCAGCGAGGAGACCGGCAGACAGGGGUCCCUCUACGUGUUCCCGAGUGCAGGCCGUCCCAGCUCUGUGACAUCUUCAUUGUCGUCGUCGACGACGACGACGGCGACGAUCCAGUCGUCCUUCCUCCACAGUGGCUCGACGGACACCUCGACUUCGACGAGCACGACGAUGACGAGCAGCAGCUUGACCACCGCAUUAACAAAGGCCGACAAUGGCGACGAAGACGAGGACGCCGUGGUGGAGGUGACAUCGCCCGGCAGGAGACGGCCGUUCCCGAAGACGCACGCAAGAUCGGCCAGCCACGGUGGCGUCUUGGCGGACUGCGCGACAGGAUGGCACGGAUCCUUCCUGGGCCCGCUGACGACGUUGAGCGGCGGAAGCGCUCGGCCGUCGGCGUUGAAGAAGCCGGGUCACCAGAGAGCCUUCAGCCAGGGUCAGGUGGCGGACGUACAAUCCGUAACGGGACACAACCGCGUCGGCUCCAGAACGGACUUCAUCCUGCCGCCGGGUCACAGGGAGGACGGCGGCAGGCCGUCCGGCAGGAUGCCUUCUUUUCGGGGCCAUUCGCGCCAAGCGUCCAGAUCGGAGUCUAUAUAUACGAUAAGACGUAGCGUCGCGCCCCCCUGGUGGAGAAGGAUAUGGGCCCACUGUUUCGGUCCACUGCCAGAAGAGCCUCGUUUAAGGACAAUAGUUCCGAAUCACUUGCUUUUCCCAGCGAGUCAGCAUCCUAACGGCGGAAGGGUGGACAACAGAGUGCGCACAACCAAGUACACGGCGCUGAGCUUCCUACCUCGCAACUUGCUGGAGCAAUUCCACCGCGUGGCCAAUUUGUACUUCAUAUUCAUCGUGCUGCUCAAUUGGGUGCCGGCUAUAAACGCCUUCGGCAAGGAGGUCGCUAUGAUCCCGGUGGUCUUCGUUUUGGGUGUCACCGCGCUCAAGGACUUCUUCGAGGACCGUCGGCGUCUCGCCAGUGACCGGCGUGUGAAUAAUUCCACCUGCCGAGUCUACGUUAGCGAAGGCGACAGAUACGUGAAGGUAGCGUGGAAAGAUGUCAAGGUGGGUGACCUGGUCCAUCUCUCGAACAACGAACUGGUACCAGCCGAUCUCUUGCUUCUGCGAAGCAGUGAUCCUCAAGGAUUAGCUUAUCUCGAUACGUGCAAUCUCGACGGCGAGUCGAAUCUGAAGCAGCGCCAAGUUGUCAGAGGUUUCCUCGAUCUGCAGGAUACCUUUCAGCCGUCCAAGUUCCGAUCGGUGAUCGAGGUCGAUCAGCCAAGUACUAGAAUAUAUAGAUUUCACGGCGCCGUUGUACACCCGAACGGCGGCAGGGUGCCCGUGUCCACGGAGAAUCUCUUGCUCAGGGAAUGCGUCUUGAAGAACACCGACUUCGUCGAGGGUAUAGUCAUAUACGCUGGUCACGAGACCAAGGCAUUACUGAAUAACGGCGGACCAAGGUACAAGCGUUCUCGUCUGGAGAAACACAUGAACCGGGACGUGAAGUGGUGCGUGGUGAUAUUGAUGGUGCUAUGCCUGAUCGGCGCAUGCUGCUGCCGAUUAUGGUUGGCUACGUACGAGGACACCGGGCCGAUACCGUUUCUGCCGGUGCCGCACGAGCCGCUCUACGAGAGCAUGCUGACCUUCUGGACCUACAUCAUAAUAUUUCAAGUGAUGAUACCGCUCAGCCUGUACGUGACGAUCGAGAUGGCCAAGGUGGGGCAAGUGUAUCACAUCGGCCACGACCCGGGCCUCCACGACGCGGAAACCGGCCGUAAGGCCGAAUGCCGUGCGCUGAAUAUCACGGAGGAACUAGGCCAAGUACAGUACGUCUUUUCUGACAAGACCGGCACCCUCACAGAAAACAAAAUGCUAUUUAGGAGAUGCGCGGUGGGCGGCCAGGAUUAUUCACACAUGGGCGACAACGAGAAUCUCAUUCCGUGCUCGCGGCUUAAGGAGGACUUGCUCAUAGGUACAUUUCGACAUCGCUUACAGGAGUUUCUUAUUGUCUUAGCCACGUGUAACACGGUUGUCGUUAAUUCUCAACCGCAUCACGAUAUUAUGAACUCUAGCGGGGUCAUCGAGGAACCUCAGAAAAACGGCACUGGCCCGACGAGAACGACGGAAUUCCCGACCGCCGCUUCGCCGCCGAUACCGAUGUCGCCGAACAACGGGGCCGUUCCCCCCACGUUGUCCCCGAUCAGCACGGCGAACACGUUCGACGACACGUCCAGGUUUCCGUUCAAACUCACCAGGCCAAAGUUGCUGAACGUAACGUCGAUACCGAGCCUGUUGGGCGGGCGCAAACAGUCGCCGGACGGCUCGAAGAGUCCGAUGGACGCGAGGAACGGCGAGCUGCUGCCGCCGGCGAUCUACGAGGCAGAGAGCCCGGACGAGCUGGCGCUCGUGCACGCGGCGCGCGCCUACGACGUCAAGCUGCUGAAACGUACGCCCCGCAGCUCGAUCGUCUCCCUACCGGACAAGUCCGUGUUGGCCUUCGAGAUACUGCACGUGUUGCCGUUCGACUCGAACAGGAAGCGCAUGUCGGUGCUUCUGAGGCAUCCGCAUACUCGCGAGAUCGUGCUGUACAGCAAGGGCGCCGACACGACGAUGCUGCCGUCGUUGUCGGCGAACGACGAGAACGCCGUCGCCGCGGCCAACAUCCGGCAGUAUCUGCAGUCGUACGCUCGUCAGGGGCUGCGCACCUUGGUGAUGGCGCGGCGAACGCUGAACGAACAGGAGUACGAUGCGUGGCGGCAGAAGCACAACGAGGCGGAGCUGGCGACGGAUAACCGCGAGCGUCGCGUACGCGACUCGUACGCGAGCCUGGAGUCGCACUUGACGCUCCUCGGGACGACCGGCAUCGAGGACAAGCUGCAGGCGGCCGUGUCCGAGACAAUGGCCGCCCUCAUCGGCGCCGGGAUCGUGGUGUGGGUUCUCACAGGUGACAAACCAGAGACCGCGGUGAAUGUGGCAUAUUCGGCGCGGCUCUUCUCGCCGGCUAUGCAGCUGCUGCAUCUACAGGCGAAGUCCAAAUCCGUGGCCGAGACGCUGAUACGGAGCUACCUGGAGUCGGCGCGCAGGGAGAGCGUGAACAACGCGGCACAGCAGCGGCAAGAAUCGACGCAUCCCGCGGACGCGCACAGGAUAGGCAGCCCACGGCAACGCGCCCUCGUCGUCGACGGCAAGACGUUGACCGUGAUCCUCGAUCUGCGAUCGGGCCUCAUCGGCCCGUUCCUGGAACUCACGAAAACAUGCUCCAGCGUUUUAGCCUGCCGUGCCACGCCGUUGCAAAAGGCGUACCUAGUCCGCAUCGUGAAAAAGCAAUUAGGGAUGAGAACGUUAGCGAUCGGCGAUGGUGCGAACGACGUUAGCAUGAUACAAACCGCUGACGUUGGCGUGGGCAUCUCGGGUCAAGAAGGCACGCAGGCGGUGAUGGCAGCGGAUUUCGCGAUUUCUCGUUUCUCCAUGCUCAGCCGGCUCCUUCUUGUGCACGGACAUUGGUGUUACGAUCGUCUCGCCAGAAUGAUUUUGUACUUCUUUUACAAGAACACCACCUUCGUCUUCCUCAUAUUCUGGUUCCAGUUUUACUGUGGCUUCUCCGGUGCUGUAAUGAUGGACCAAAUAUACGUAAUGCUGUACAACUUACUGUUCACCUCGCUGCCGCCCUUAGCUCUGGGCAUUUACGAUCGGAUCGCCACGCUUCAUGUACUUCUCUCAGCACCAGAAUUGUACAAAAGAGGACGCUUAGGGCUGGUCUAUCAGUCGUAUUCCUUCUGGAUUACGAUCAUCGACGCUCUGUACCAAAGUAUCGUCAUCUUUUUCAUCAGCGAAGCGGUUUAUCAUGACUCGACCAUCGAUAUAUGGGAGUUUGGUACGACUAUUAUGACGGAAUGCAUCGUUGUCAUGUUGCUUCAUGCUGCCAUAGAAACUAGAUCUUGGACUAUAAUUCAUAUUGGUGCCAUCAUGGGUUCCUUGGGUGUGUUCUUCGGAUUUUGCCUAUUUUAUAACGCCGUUUGCGUGAAUUGUAUGGGUUUACCCGGAUCCUACUGGAUAAUGGAAAAGGCAUUUGCACGUCACACGUAUUGGCUCACAGUGGUGCUCACGUCGGUCCUCGCGUUAAUGCCAAGAUUAGUAUGCAAGGCUGUCAGCGUUGUCGCGCCGAGCACCAUGCAAAUCGUCUCGCUCAACGUCACCGCGAAGAGCGGCUUGCAAGUUCGCCAACGUAUCAGCCAGAGAGGCGAAAUCAACUUUAUCGCUGGCUGGUCGCGCUCCUCGCAGCACGCUACCAUCAGACCCGACACGUACAGCAGCAAAAGCGAUGCUCUCACGACCAUCGUCGCGUGACACCGCCGCGACGAUCAUCAAGCGUGUCUGCCUCGUUAACUUGAAAAGCCGACCAAGAAAUAGGAAACACCUUUUUCCCUGUCGUGAAUUCUCUACGAAACGUUCUUGCUAAAACCUUCUGACCUCACCGAUGAUCGCCUUCAUCCCUGACGAUCCUUGACAAUCCUACUAUAUCCCCUGAUAUCGAACCAGGAUAGUUACAUAGUAAGUUGACGGUCGGUGCCGAGAAUUCGUCGGCUGUUGCUCCACCGUCAUCGCGUUGUUGUUCUAGAUAUUUCACAAUAACGCUCCUUUAAUUGCCAUUCCCCCUCCCGAGUUUUCGCGGCGCUAAUGAUUUUGAAUCAAGUGGCCUUAUUAUCUCAGAUCGUUCAUUGCAUUUAAUGGCUGUGACUUCUAGGGGACCAAGACUGUUGAUUGAAUCGCAGACGACCGGAGGUUCGCUCGGCGAUGCUCGCGCGAGUGAAAAAUCUACGGUGCGGUUGUCAAACAUUUUUCUCGAUCUAGAUUCGACUUUAUUCGGAAUAUCUACUCGCAACUUCAUUGUUUUCGAGCGGAUUGUGCGGAAGACCAAUGUUAAAAACAAGCGAACGUGUUUACCUUUGAGAAUAGGUGUACGAAGUGUACAUAUAAGAUGUUCCUACGAGAUGCAGCUCGAUCGUCCUGUGAGGUUUUACUAAAACGAUUUUUUUUUCUCUUUUUAUAAUACAUGAGUAAAUUUCCAGCUUAAUGGUAUCGUUAAAUGUUACUCCGUUUGUAAAGCGAAUACUGCAAGAAGCAGGUGCGGUUAUACUUAAGCAGCGAGACUAUAUUGAGUUUCUCCGGUCGAUCUGCGCUCGACGAAACACCUCAUACGAAUAUAAUGUUGUACACAUGCUUUGUUAUAUCUAUUUGUUGUGUUACUACCAUUGUAAUAUCAGAAGAAGAGAGAGGGAGAGAAAUAUUGUGAGAUAUCAAUUUAGAGCUUUUAUCGGACAAUGUAUAUUGAAUAUUAUAUAUUGAUAACACGUUGCAAGUGUCAAUAGUAUUUUGAUAAUGAUCGAAUUAUCCUUGUGUGCGUGUUUGUGAUGUAAGGAGAGUGUUGCGAUAUUAAAACAGAUUAACUUUCCAUGAUUUGCAUGUUGUUUCUGUGGUUGAAAAGUCCGACUUUUCUAUACGAGUUUUGUCCUUACAUAAGCAUCCCUUUUCGAGAAAAAUGCGUUGAAAAUUUUGAGUACAAAAUAAAAGAUAAAGUUUACCUUUAAUUGGUAA